AUGUUCACGGCGGCGCUGAAGUCAUUCAGCUCCAACAUUUCCGCGAAUUAUCAAAUCGCCCCCCACCCCACCAUCUAUGCCGGCCCCUGGAAGAUCCACGAUGCCAAAAAGAAAUCAACCGGAUCGGCAGCCUCUGUCUUCAUAUUCGACCGCAAAACCCUCGAGCCGCGAUCGGGGGGGCUUGGAGGCCGGUCAAGUGGCUCCUCCACGAAAAAGCUGCAGGAGGAUGUCAUUGAGCGCCUGAAGCGUGAGGCCAGUAACUUGGCCAGGCUACGACACCCGUCCAUUCUCCAAGUGCUAGAGCCUGUCGAAGAAACCCGCAGCGGGGGGCUCAUGUUUGCGACAGAGCCGCUCAUGGCAUCUCUGUCCGGUCUGUUGCGAGAGAAGAGCGACCAGGAAAGCGCCGGUGCGGGGUCACGAUCAAGCCGUUAUAUGGUAGAAGAGGCCGACGGGUCUCGUCGACGACGUGAUAUAGAUAUCGACGAGUUGGAAAUUCAGAAGGGCUUACUACAGGUAGCCAAAGGCCUAGAAUUCUUACACGAAUCUGCUGGCCUUGUUCAUGGCAAUUUGAACCCGGAUGCGAUUUACAUCAAUGCCAAAUCCGACUGGAAGAUAUCUGGACUGGGAUUCGCCGGGCCUCCCGACUCGUCUGAAACUGCCUCGGCCCUCCCACCAUUGGCUGUCUCUGAAGCGCUAUACCAAGACCCGAGACUUCCACCGUCGGUGCAACUGAAUAUGGACUACACCUCUCCGGAUUUCGUGUUGGACUCUAACGUGUCAUCGGCAGCAGAUUUAUUCUCGUUAGGACUGAUCAUCGUUGCACUUUAUAAUAGCCCUCAUGAAUCUCCGCUGCAGACGCAUGGCAAUUCCUCGACCUACAAGAAGCUCCUGACAUCACCAUCUACUACGCCGUCUCAGAGUAAUAACUUCCUUUGCUCUAAACCAAUCCCUCGUGAUGUGCUAUCCCACGUGCUACCUCGAUUGCUCACUCGUCGGCCCGCGCAACGCAUGAAUGCACGUGAAUUCCAACAGUCUCAAUACUUCGAUAACGUCCUGGUGUCUACGAUCCGAUUCCUAGAAUCAUUGCCUGCAAAGAACCCCAGCGAAAAAUCUCAGUUUCUACGUGGCUUGCAGCGAGUUCUUCCCGAUUUUCCUCCAUCAGUCUUGGAAAGGAAGCUGUUAGGGGCUCUUCUGGAGGAGAUGAAGGAUCGUGAGCUUUUACCUUUGCUCCUGCAAAAUGUUUUUGGCAUCUUACAGCGGAUUCCCAAUGGACGCCGCACUUUUCCAGAGAAGAUCAUGCCUCGUCUAAAGGAGGUGUUCGGGACGACAUCGGGCAAACCGCCUCAAGAACGCGAUUCGAAGAAAGAUGCUGGCUUGAUUGUGAUCUUGGAAAAUAUGAAGUUGGUGGCAGAGAAUUCAUCUGGAAUGCAGUUCAAAGACGACGUUCUCCCUUUGAUUCGACUGGGCUUAGACUCCCCCACGCAUUCUUUGGUAGAUGCAUCUAUCAAAACGCUUCCUAUAUUCCUUCCCGUACUUGACUUUACCACGGUGAAGAACGAAGUAUUCCCUCCGAUCGCAAGCACAUUCAGUCGUACUAGCAGCCUUGCCAUCAAAGUCCGCAGCCUAGAAGCUUUUGCUGUGCUUUGUGGUGGCUCAGCAAGCGAUUUCGAAGAUGAUCUAUCUGGUCUCCCUGCAAACAGCCAGAAAACCAAAUCAUGCAUAUUGGACAAGUACACUAUGCAAGAGAAGCUUGUCCCGGCACUGAAAGCGAUCAAAACCAAAGAGCCGUCAGUGAUGAUGGCUGCAUUGAAAGUCUUCCGGGAGGUCGGAAAGGUUGCCGACACUGACUUCCUUGCUCUCGAAGUGCUGCCGGUCCUGUGGAGUUUUAGUCUUGGGCCACUUCUGAAUCUUCAGCAAUUCAAUGACUUUAUGGGGCUAAUCAAGUCCCUGUCAGCCAAGAUUGAACAUGAACAAAAACGAAAAUUGCAGGAGCUCUCCUCUAGUGGGGAUUCCAGUGGCUUCCAAAAUGGCAAUGAUGGCUUCUCGCGAUCAGCAACGGAUCUGACUUCAUCUGAUGUUGAUAACGCAAAGACCAACUUUGAGCGUCUAGUGCUGGGUAAAGAUACCGCGGCGUCGUCAACUAGCAGCGAUGCUGUUAUCUGGGCCAGCGGGGGACCAGAGCCGGCGUCCAAUCGAACCAGCAUGUCGCCUGGGAUUUCCUGGUCCACCAAUGAUGUUCGAAGCCUAGCAGGCCAGCAAAACUUCCGCUCCAUCACCCCAGAUCAGAAGUUGAGCUCUUUCCCGUCUCUUGCCCCUGCCCGGCAAUCAUCUCCGGCCUCGACCACGGCCAGUUGGGGAAACCAGCCCAUGCAGUCUAUGCAGCCCAUGAAGCCCAUGCAAGCUACCUCUCCAACGUGGGGCAUGCAAACAUCUUCCCCCGCUCCGGCAUCUUUAUCAUCUUUGUCGAAUAUGGCUACCACCACUUCUCAACAAACUCCAAAUUAUUCGGCCUUUUCGAUCCCGCCUCCUCCAGGCGGUAUGGCUCAUAAUAUCGUGCGAUCGCCGCUUACCAUGCACAAUAUUUCGGCAUCAUUCCCUGCUCAGCCUUCCCAGCCUGCUCAGCAGCCACCUACAGCACAGAAAUCGGGGUUGGACAAAUACCAAAGCUUACUAUGA